AUGGAUCGUGAUCAUGACAGCUACCGGGGAAGGGGAAGCAGCAGGGACCAUGACGGUGGACGAGAGCGAGAAGUUGAUCGUGAGACCUACAAUACAAACUUCAAGCGCCGAAGAUUGAACUUUACCAAGUCCCGUCACGACGAUGACCGGUCCAAUGGUGACCGAUCGCAAAACUACGACCGAUCGGCGACUCCACGAGGCCGGCGCGGAGACUCGACGCCUAUGAGACGGGACCCUGAAGCAUCGGAAGCUCCUGACGAAGAUGACGCCGCGCUGGAUCGUGAUUGGUACACAGGAGACGAAUUUGGUCAUACAUUUGGAGACGAAGACCACAACCCGUUCGGCUCGUUCGACGACAGGACAUGGGACGACAAGGAGACCCAGGAGAAGGCACAGUUUGAGAGGAAGGUCGGCCGGUUCGAUCGCGUGAAUCCACGCGCCUUGCAGAAGCAACGGGAUGUGGACGCAUGGGAAACGAAUCGGAUGCUGACGAGUGGCGUGGCCCAACGACGGGAUAUGGGAGACAGCUUUGAUGACGAGGAAGAGGCCAUGCGUGUGCACCUCUUGGUACACGACUUGCGCCCGCCAUUCCUGGACGGCAAAACCAUCUUCACGAAGCAGCUAGACCCAGUGCCAGCCGUUCGAGACUUUCAGAGCGACAUGGCCGUAUUCAGCCGAAAGGGCAGCCGUGUUGUGCGAGAGCGGAGGCAGCAGAGAGAGAGGCAGCGUGCUGCAAAGGACGCGACCGCCAUGGCCGGCACAACCCUUGGCAAUAUCAUGGGCGUCCACGAAAACGGCGACGCCGACGGCGACAGUGCGGUGCCGGUGCCUGGCGAAGAGAACGGCAAUGCUACUGCAGAAGGGUCUUCCAAGGGGAACAACAAGUUUUCCCAGCACAUGAAAAAUAACAACGCGGCGAGCAACUUCAGCCUGAGCAAGAGCUUGCGCGAACAACGCGAGUUCCUGCCGGCGUUUGCCGUGAGAGAGGACCUGAUGCGCGUCAUUCGCGACAACCAGGUCAUCAUUGUCGUUGGCGAGACGGGAUCGGGAAAAACCACGCAGCUGACCCAGUUUCUAUAUGAAGACGGAUAUGGAAACGUGGGCAUGAUCGGCUGCACGCAGCCGCGCCGAGUCGCGGCCAUGAGCGUGGCCAAGCGCGUGAGCGAGGAGAUGGAGGUGCAGCUCGGAAGCGUUGUCGGCUAUGCCAUUCGGUUUGAGGACUGCACAAGCAAGCAGACCUUGAUCAAGUACAUGACCGACGGCGUGCUGCUGCGCGAGUCUCUUAACGAGCCCGACCUGGACCGCUACUCUUGUGUGAUCAUGGACGAAGCCCACGAGCGGGCAUUGAACACGGAUGUCCUGAUGGGCCUUUUCAAAAAGAUACUGCAGCGCCGGCGCGACCUGAAGCUGAUUGUCACCUCGGCGACGAUGAACUCGAAGCGAUUUUCGGACUUUUUCGGCGGCGCGCCCGAAUUCAUCAUCCCAGGCCGCACAUUUCCCGUGGACGUCAUGUUCCACCGAUCACCCGUCGAGGACUAUGUGGACCAGGCUGUGCAGCAGGUGCUUGCCAUCCAUGUGUCGAUGGGUGCGGGUGAUAUUCUCGUCUUCAUGACCGGCCAGGAGGACGUGGAAGUCACCCAGAUGCCGGCUGAUCUCCAGGCCAAGAUCUUUGACAAGGCGGAAACAGGCGUGCGCAAGUGUAUUGUAGCUACCAACAUUGCCGAGACGAGCUUGACGGUGGAUGGUAUCAUGUAUGUGGUUGAUGCGGGCUAUUCGAAACUCAAGGUGUACAAUCCGCGCAUGGGCAUGGACACGCUGCAGAUCACGCCGAUCUCGCAGGCAAACGCAUCGCAGCGUUCGGGUCGCGCUGGGCGCACCGGUCCAGGCAAAGCAUUCCGCUUGUUUACCGAGAAGGCCUUCAAGGACGAGCUGUAUAUCCAGUCGAUUCCCGAGAUCCAGCGCACAAACCUCAGCAACACAAUCUUGCUGAUCAAGUCUCUGGGCGUCAAGGAUCUGCUGGACUUCGACUUUAUGGACCCGCCACCACAGGACACCAUCACGACAUCGCUAUUCGACCUGUGGGCCCUCGGCGCCCUGGACAACUUGGGCGAACUGACGGAUCUGGGCCGCAAGAUGAAUGCUUUCCCCAUGGACCCGCCACUAGCCAAGCUGCUGAUCAUGUCUGAAGAAUACGGUUGCAGCGAGGAGAUGGUUACAAUCGUGUCGAUGCUGUCGGUGCCCAAUGUUUUUUACCGGCCCAAGGAGCGGCAAGAGGAGUCGGAUGCGGCGCGGGAGAAGUUUUUCGUUCCCGAGUCCGACCACCUGACCUACCUGCACGUGUAUUCGCAGUGGAAGGCCAACGGCUAUCUGGACGGCUGGUGCACGCGGCACUUCCUGCACUCCAAAUCGCUGCGGCGAGCAAAAGAGGUGCGCGAACAGCUGGUGGACAUUAUGAAGCUGCAGAAGAUGGCGAUGAGCAGCUGUGGCUCAGACUGGGAUGUGAUCCGCAAGUGUAUCUGCUCGGGCUACUACCACCAGGCGGCCAAGGUGAAGGGCAUCGGCGAGUACAUCAACCUGCGGACGAGUGUGACGGUGCAGCUGCACCCAACCAGUGCGCUUUACGGUCUGGGAUUUCUGCCCGAUUAUGUCAUCUACCACGAGCUCAUCCUGACGUCCAAGGAGUAUAUGUCGACUGUGACGGCCGUGGACCCGCGGUGGCUGGCAGAGCUGGGCGGCGUGUUCUACUCCGUCAAGGAGAAGGGCUACUCGGCACGCGAGAAGCGCAUCGUGGAGACCGAGUUCAACCGAAAGAUGGAGAUCGAGUCGAAGAUGGCCGAAGACAAGAAACGCCAGGAGGCGCAACAGCAGGCCGAAGAGGACAGAGCCCGCCGGACGAGUUCGGCUGUUGCACCCAAAAUCGGCGACACAAGCAAGAAGAUCGUCGUCCACGGCGCCCUCCCGGUCCUCCUUGUCGAGACGCACGACAUGCGCGUGACUGGGACCUCGGUCGAUGAGUUGCAUAAAGGCCGCGAUGCUCUUCUCUUCGCCCUGAACCUCGCCUUCGACCUAGAUAAAGUCCGCCAGUCACUCGUUAGACUGUGCAGCACUGUCGUCAUCGACACGACUUACCUUGUUAUUGGGGAGAUUCUGCACCCAGCCAACGAGCUCAUGUUGGACAGCAUGCUUCCUGGCGAAAUAUCUGGUCACCGCACAGAGACGGGCGCAGUUCCAACAGUGCUCUUUGGCCGGCCUGGAAAGAAGCGGAAGGUUUACCGACAACGGCACGAAACUGAAGGCGGUCCUGAAACGAAGAUUGACGGCCAUGCUGUCACUCUAUUGCCACGGCCCGUUUCUAUCAGCGACAACGCGGCAAAGGACGACACCUCCGGGUCAGACGGUCAACGACCUGCAGAGACAACAGAGGAUGCCCGUGCCGACAUCGAGAUCGAGAACGGCGACCGUGAUGGCGAUGACAAUAGGGACAGCGAUGAGAGCGAAGUCGAUGCUGACGAGCUCGCUUCGAUAACAUUAGCAGAGUUGAUGCGGCUGCGAAAGGGGCGCCGACCAAAAAUGGGCGGAGUUGAGUUUCGAGGCGACGAAGGCGGUCCGUCUUCUUUGUUGCAAAACAUGGGCAAUCGGCUGGGAGACUUCAAUUUUGACAACCUCGAUAUGAGCUUGGAUAUGUCUGUGCCGAUGGACAUCGGCUUACGAUUUGCGCCCCAGACGGGGCUCAUCGGCGAUGUUGUGAACAAGCAUAUGGAGGAAUACGUAGAAGCUGAAAUGGCCAAGCGAUAUAAUACAGACUCGUCACAGGCGGGAGGUGGCCAUAGCGGUCGGAACGGUGUUUCAGACGGCAUGGGAGCUGGCUCGUCAAGCCUGAACAGCAAGGAAGUGCGCGAGCAGCUCGCUAUGAAAGGCAAGCUUCAUGAGAUCGACCUCGGCGCUGAGUCGCGCGCCCGAAACGUCGCCAUGACAGAACGGGCUACCCGUCGGCUGCGAGGCAACGACAAUGUCGUUGAUGACGAAGCCGGCAAAGACGAAGACGUCCAAAAGCCCCGAACAGGCAAAAAGGCUCCUGGCCGCAACGGAAAUCCGCCGCCGCGGGAUCGCCGCAAUAGCGACGACAUCAAACGAGACCAGAUGGUCGAACAGUUUCUGCAUGAAAACAAAAUGGAUGUGGAUGUGUACGAUGUUGCCCGCGAUACGGCUACGGGGGAGGGACGUCCAGCCGACGACCGCGUUGCUGAGCAGUUCCGCCGGGAGUUCAUGGAAGCUCUCGCCCAGCGGCUGCGACGAAAGCGCCGGCCUCUGGGACCUCCGGCGAAACCAAAGGUGCGCAACGAAGAAGAGAUUCUCCGAGGCCCCAAGCUAGGUGGCAGCCGCAACGUACGGUCGAUCAUGCGCGACAAGUUGCUGCAAAAGCAAGAGGAGGAACGGCAAAACAUGCCAAAAUACGAACAGGAGCUGCAGGAACAGCGGCGUCGUGCAAUGCGCCGACGAUAG